AUGGCCCAACGCCCUGCCUGCCUGCCUGCCUUGCCUUAUCACCUCUGCCUUCCUGUCUGUCUCACCCUCAUUGCUUCUUUCGACCAUCACCAUCACCAUCACCACCACCACCAGCAACAACAACAACAACAACCGUGGCGGCGCUCCAAUCCUGAUCGAGGCGUAAUCCAUGCACGCCAAACCGAACAGCCCGCCAAAGGGUGCCGCCGCCGCGCGGCGGGAUCGAAAACAAAGAAAACAAAGAAAACCUGCAGCCACAAUAAUUCGGACAUUAUAGAUACCACCCACACGAGGAUAGGACGGACCGGGGGUCGCGACACUCAGUUGUUUACCAAAGACAAGUACCCACCCUACUUACUCCUCUUCUCCCAGUUCCAGGUCCCUCCCAUUACCGACCCUGAUGCGAUUAGCUCAUUAUGUACUAGUAAGGUACUAAGGUACUACCUCCACCAACCCCAUUACUUCGUAUAUGCAUCACAAUAUUUCAAGAUACGCUUCGGCAAGAACGAGACUGAUGAGCGACAAAGCACGUUAUAUCCGUAUGUUCCGGUUGCCUUCUUCCCGCAUAUGUGUAAGGCGGAGGAUAUGCGAGAGGCACCGAAGGAGGUACUUACCCAGCUAGGUAUAGGCGGGGAUGUACGUGUGGUGGUAUGGGGUGUAUGGGCGAAUGCAUCUGAACUUGGAGGGGGCAAGAUCCAUCGACCUCCAAUGCGACCUAGACAACCUCAAUGA